AUGGAUAGAAAAUCUGCUAGAAUAAAAGCAGAGUUGCAAAGAUAUGGUUGGAGAGUUUCGAAGAAGUUUAAAUAUAGGAAGGGAAGACCCAUAAAAGUCUAUGACAAAUUGUCUGGUCUUCGCUACGAAAUGGAUUUGGAAACAGCACGUGCCAAUUAUCCAAACAGACUAGAGAGGUUAGAAGAAGAACGUCUUAUGGACAUGCCUUUCGAUGUUAGUGAACCUCAAGUUGAAGGACACGACGGCUUUGCCAGAUUCUACUGGAAACAUGACGAACA